AUGUAUGGAUUAGACACCAUGUCAAGUCUUAUCUUUGUCCUCACAUUCCUGUGCACUGUCGUAUCCACGCAAAUGCUGGCCGGUGGGAAAAAUGAGCAGGACCCGAACAGCCCCGAAUAUAUGGAAAUGGCAUGGAAAGCUUCAAAACCACUCAAUGAAAAUUCUGCAGCAAACGAUAGUCCUUAUGCUAUGAUGCCUAUCAAAGUUCUCAAAGCUUCAAGUCAGGUAGUUUCCGGGGUCAUCUAUGAGUUUGAGAUACUUUACGGUGAAGCGGAGUGCAAGAAAGAUGAAGUUGACCUAGCCACGCUACAAGCAGCCAAUUGCCAACUGAGAAGUGGUGGAAAUAGAGCCAUCUAUAAGGUUAACUACGCCGAAAGGCCAUGGCAAAAUUACCUGCAGAUUGACGUAUCGAAAAUCAGAGAUGUUUCUGCAGAUGAAACGCUUUAAGACUGCAGAUCCCCUCUACCCAGUUGUUUCUGUCACUCUUCAAUGUCA